UCUCGGUGUAAGCAACAAACCGUGCAGACCCAAGGCACGGGGAGCGCGCAAGUAAGUUUCUGGAGGAAACGGUGGGGUCGCGCGCGCUUGCGCCGUGCGCCUCCUGGCCGGAGAAUGUGUGUCCCGUUACGCCCGAGGCUCUUUGAUCCACUUGUCGCUUCCGCAGCUGCCACGCCAGAUCCCGGCUUCUUUUGCAGCUGCCUGUUGAUUCAGUCUCUCCCACUGCCUUUCUCUUCGCUGGUGCCAUGAAUAGACAAGAGACUUCGUCGUCUUACCAAGAGCUGAGUGAAGAUGUGGAGCACGCAGAUGCAAACUUGGAACCUGCAGAGGAACAAGUAGACAAAGAGGAUCUGGAUGAUGCCAGCUCAACUAUCCUUCCAAUCCUAGACAGCAACAGCCCUUCGGUGCGUUUCAGCAAGUCCUGCCUGAAAAACGUCUUCUCGGUCAUUCUCCUCUUCAUAUACCUGCUGCUCAUGGCUGUAGCUGUCUUCCUGGUCUACCAAACCAUUGCUGACUUCAGAGAUAAACUCAAGCACCCCGUGAUGUCAGUCUCUUACAAGGAGGUGCCCUCUUACGAUGCACCUGGUAUUGCCCUCUACCCAGGCAAGGCUGAGCUGCUGACCUGCAAGCAUCACUUACACAAUUACAUCCCACCUCUGGUAAACCCUGGUCAGCCAGGAGAAAUAGAAUGCACUACUCAGAGAAUCAACUACACAGAUCCUUAUGCUAAUGGAACAAAGAAAUUUGCGGUGAUUGUCGAAGGACCUCGUGAUGUGAAGCAGCAGGAACUGGUGUUCAUGCAGUUCUACCUCAAUGAAACGGACCAGGAUUUCAGUGCAAUAGACUACCUUCUCUUUUCUUCAUUCCAGGAUUUUCUUGAGAGUCCAAACAAGCCAGACUUUAUGAAAGCCUGUGAGAGCUCCUACUCCAGCUGGAAGUUUUCCAGCGGUUUCCGAACUUGGGUCAAAAUGUCUCUGGUGAAAACGAAAGAAGAAGAUGGCCGGGAGACGGUUGAAUUCAGGCAGGAGAUCAGUGUGGUGAACUACAUUGAACGAAGAGCAAAAGCAAGCGGUGACCAACUCUUCUUUGUUGUAUUUGAAUGGAAAGACCCUUUUAUUCAGGAAGUUCAAGAUAUUGUCACUGCAAAUGCUUGGAACAUGAUUGCAAUUCUAUGCGGCAUUUUCUUGGCUUUGUUCAAAGCAGCAGAUUUUGCCAAACUCAGUGUGAAGUGGAUGAUAAAAAUCCGGAAGCGACACCUUCAGAGAAGAACUCAAGCCUUGAACCACAUAAGCUGAGGGCUGAUCGCUACUGAGGUUUCUAUUACACUGGGGAACAUUGGUGGCCUGAGACAAAACUAGCCUUCAGGUACCUUGGACAGAAAAGCUGCAAUGCAAUGGCAGAAGGACUUGCUUAACUGGAGUACAGUACACUGGACACUUGGAAGUUUUAGAAAACUGUAUAAGAAGCUCCUUCUAAAUCCAUGCUCUUUUCUAGGAACCUGAGCUCCUUUGACUAAGCUCUGAACUUCUAGGAAGAUUCCCAAAACUAUAUUUAACCCUAUUUUAACAGAACUCACAAGGAUAGAUUGACAGGGCCCUUAGUUUGCAGGGAAACAGAACUGGUCCCUUUUAAACACAUUUCUGCCUGUUAAAAUGGGAUGUCUGCCUCAGAGUUAAGAUUAGUAAGUCAUGUUGCAUGCCCAAGGCACAGUUUUUGUCUCUUGGGUUUUCAGUUAAUAUCUCAGGAGAAAAGACUCCAGCUUUAAGGGCCUACAGGACUCCUGGUUUAAGAUAUGCUGUUAGUCAGUGGGUGGUACUGUGCUGGAGGAACGAUUAUCUGAUUGAAUCUUAAGGCAGAGAAAUCUCCCAGGCAUUGCUCUAGCAGAGAGGCACACCUCAAAGGAUGAAAGUAUAUUACUAGUAAAAUUCAGGGCACUAGUUGUGUAUUGGAUCAGUGUUAAUCUCUUAACUGACUCACACCCAAGUGAUGGAAAUUAGUGUGAUCAACAGUGGUUGACUAUGGUAUUAAUAGCAGUUUCAGCCUUCGGUAUUCCUUCCUGAAGGAGUAUGAACUCCACAGUGCCUGCCUCUAAUCCACAUUCAACUUGCAAUUGCUUCAGGAGGAUAAAUAGACUAGAUUGGCCUUCACUGAAGUUAGCAUUGAAAGGGGCUCUCUCCGCAAAACAGAAGCACUGGAAUUUUAUCAACCUUUCCUAUUUGAUUAAAAUGUAUUUGUGUUCUGAAGAUUUUUCAGUAAAAUUACAUCUGUCUCCUACA